UUAUUCUAUUGCUUGAACUUGCUCUUUCUCUCAUUUGAACCAUGGUCGUUCACUCACUCGACGUUCUCUCUUUACACUUUCUCUCACACUCUGUUCUCUCUCUCAGAGUAGGCUGUCUCUAAACAGUGAUCCAUACCAGCUUGUGAACUAUGGAAGACAAGACAUGGGGAUGUUCUUCAAGUGAAGAUAGUGAUGAUGAGGUCUACUUGCAAAAUGCAAGUGAUGAAGAGGAGCUUGGCUUUUCAUCUGUUUCUAUACCCAAGUUGCAGUUCAGGAACGUGAAAUCCAAAAGCUGUUGGAAUGAAGAAAUGGGAAUGGGAGAAGUCAUUGAGAAAAAUGGCAAAAUGUGGAUAACAACUGGAAUAGUUCGUAGUGGCAAGAUUUAUUCUUCAAUUGAAGAGACUUUGUAUCUUAUGGAACUUGGAGCCUUACAGCUAUUAGAAAAUAGUGGUAGAAGCAUAUCUCUCGCAGAAAUGUAUGAAAAGGUUGCUGGAGGGAAGAGUGGAUGUUGUUGGGAGUUGUUUGAGGUUUACAGGCACCUCAAGUCUCUCGGUUACAUAAUUGGGCGGCAUGGUGUUCUUUGGAGUUUGAAGAGUAUUAAAAGUUCCCAUAGACCUGCUGCUCUUGAAAUCACAGAAGAACGCAAAGAACUAGUAGACAUGGGUUCUGUCCAAAGAUUAUUGUCUGAGUUGCGAGUUAAUGAUUUGAGGCCAGAUUUUGAUGUUUAUCUUCCGAACAGCCGAUUUAGAAAGUCAUCCCCUGGUGAUCCAAUUUUUUCACUGUACUUAUCUAGGGGUCAUCCACCAUCUAGAACAGAGAUUGAAGCCCUUGAGAAGCAAUGUGGUGGCAUUCCUUUGAAAAUCUGCCUGGUCACAGAGGGAAGGGUCAGUUUCUUUUCCUUUGACAAGGUGGAUCUUCCUGUUCUACCCUGAAGUUCUGGUACCAAACCUACGCUUCUACUCUGGGCUGAAGGCAAGGAAACUAAGGGGUGUAAUAAGAGAAUGGGUUUGUUGUAAAGUUGUAGCUUAUAGGAUCCAAUGUAGAAGUGGGCUUAGUGAGCACAACUAAUACCUGACUCUAGUCAAACUGAUCAUGCUUCUGCAGUGAGAGCGUGCUAUUGUUGACCAUAGCAAGAAUCUAAAGGCAUGGGCUUUAGCAAUACACGCAUCUAUUUACAUUAGGCUAUAGAGGACAAGACAAGUUCUCUGUUGGAUAGAUGAUGUAAAAUUACAAGAGGACUUGUGAGUUGACUAUGAAAUAGGAUAUUGUAUACAUUCAAUUGAUUAUCAUAAUUUCUAUUUUGAACUUGUAGAAAA